AUGGACCGGAAAGUCGCGGCGUCGGAACAGCUGGAGGAGGCCAGCGGUGUGAGUGUCAUCGCCAUGCCGGCAUCCAUCAGUUCAUUGACCGAGGCCGAUCGUCAGGUCCUCGGUCGCAAGGCCACCACCAAGAUGGAUAUUGUCAUCAUGCCCGUUCUCGUCAUCAUGUACAUCCUCAAUUACCUGGACCGUCAGAAUAUUGCCAGCGCCAAGCUGGCAGAUAUCGAAGGGGACUUGGGCCUGACAGAUGUUCAGUACCAGACAUCCGUCAGCAUCCUCUUCUGUGGCUACAUCCUUAUGCAGGUUCCCUCCAACAUGAUUGCCGGCCGUAUCUCAUGGCCUGGUACAUACAUCUGCCUCGGCAUGGCUGCCUGGGGCGUCAUUUCGGCCUGCAUGGCAGCUGUCCACAACUUUGCCGGACUCCUGGUUGCCCGCGUCCUGCUUGGAAUCGUUGAAGCCGUAUUCUUCCCCGGAGCGCUGUACUUCCUGUCCAUGUUUUACACACGCAAGCAGUUUGCGUUCCGCACCGCGAUCCUGUACAGUGGGUCGCAGCUGGGAAAUGCCUUCGGUGGUCUUUUUGCUGUUGCGAUCCUGAACCUGGAUGAUGUCCAUGGCAUAGAAGGCUGGCGAUGGCUAUUCCUCAUCGAGGGCGUUGCCACUGUUGGCCUUGCGUUGCUGUUUGCGCUCGUCCUACCGAAUUCCAACAAGAAGAUACUGGGCCUCUCAACGAUCGAGUGUGAAUGGAUCCAGUGGAACUUCUCCCUGGACCAGGGCCAGGCUGACGACUCGCAAGAGAUCACUGCGUACCAGGGAUUUGUCAUGGCCGUGAAAGAUGUCAAGACCUGGCUGUUGCUGGGUGUGCUGUACUGCACGUAUAUCGUCGGAGCAGUCGUCAACUUCUUCCCCAGCGUCGUCGGUGGCCUCGGCUAUGACCGCACCAGAACCUAUCUCCUGACCGCGCCCCCCUUCAUCCUCUGCGUCAUCUGCAUGCUCGUAAACGGCUUUCACUCCGAUCGGGUACAAGAGCGUUUUUGGCACAUAUCCGUCACUCUGGUCGUCACUCUCGUGGCCAACAUCAUCGCCGUCUCGACCGUCAACGUUGCGGCCCGCUACACUGCCAUGAUGCUGCUUCCCGGUUCAUUCUAUGCGUCUGCUGUCGUCACGCUGUCUUGGAUCACCGGAACUCUGAACCAGCCAGCAGCCAAACGAGCCAAUGCUAUUGCUCUUAUCAAUGCAUUGGCCAAUACUCCAAAUAUCUGGUGUAGUUACCUGUACUAUAGCUCUCCGCGCUAUCUGACAGCCUUCAUCGUUAACGUUGCCGCAACCGGGCUGGCUAUCGGGUUCGCAGCGGCCACUAGAAUACACCUGCGCCGUGAGAACUCCAAACUGGAGCGUGGGGAGGAUGCUGGGACAAGUGGCCCUAGCGAGUCUCAGAUUGCUUUUGGGUUCCGGUAUCGCCUAUGA